AUGGAGCUGGAGAAUCGGCUCAAGGCCUACAAGUUUGUAGCCAGCUCGACCGUAGCGUUUUCGAUUGUGUCGAUUGUUACCGUAUGCUUCACGAUACCAUUGCUACAACAGUAUGUGAGCAAAGUGAAUGUGGGUGUGGACAAGGAGAUGGCGUUUUGUAGGGUAGGUUAAUGAGGAAGAGAGGAGGGGGGGGAGGGAGGUUAGAUAAACUUUUUUUUUCUUUGUCUAGGGGGGGGUGAAUGGAAUUAGAUAUAAUAGCAAGAACUUUCUUUACAAAACAUAAAAUAGCAAGAACUUUCUUUACAGUUAAAAUUAAAAACUAACUGCCAUUUUCUAACCUCACCCUUAUUCCAGGCGUCCAUUCAAGACAUCUUAACAGAAGUCAAUCACCUUUUGUCACUCCCCGCCAACCGCACGGCACGUCAAGCCGGCUACAGUGCCUCUUCACAAAGCAGCUGCCAAGCCUGCUGUUCUGGCGGUGAGCCCGGACCAGCCGGUGCACCAGGCCAACCAGGCCGGCCCGGAAACAAUGGCUCACCAGGGUCACCAGGCCAACCUGGUCGGUCGAACGCCCAACCUUGCGACGUUCUCUCUCCACCACCGUGCCGACCAUGUCCAGCCGGUCCACCCGGCCCGCCCGGCCCACCAGGUAUUCCAGGCGAGAAGGGCUUGGACGGUCAGCCGGGCCAAUACGGUGGAAAUGCGAUGGCUGGUCCACCAGGACCACCCGGUCUACCUGGUCAACCUGGUGCACCCGGUCAGCCAGGCUCACCAGGUCAGCCCGGUCAGAACGCGCAGAACGACGAUCGCGCUGUGGCAGCACCCGGUCCUCCAGGUGAGCCAGGACCACCUGGUCAGCCCGGUUCACCCGGACAGCCUGGUCAGCCAGGUGAGCCAGGCAAGCAGGGUAAUCGUGGAGCACCAGGAGAGAACGGCCGGCCCGGGAACGAUGGAAACCAAGGAUCGCCAGGCAGUUCAGGACAGCCAGGCAGGGGUGGGGAGCGAGGAAUUUGUCCGAAGUAUUGCUCUAUUGAUGGCGGCGUCUUCUUUGAAGAUGGUACUCGACGUCGCUAGUACUGACAUUCUUUUUUGGUAGUAUGAGAAGAUUUUGAAAUGUUGGAAUGUGCUGUGAAUUUUGAGUUUUUUUUAAUAAUUGUGAAUAAUAAAGAUUACUAUAAUAACAAAAAAAUUUUGUUUGGUUUAAAGUGUUAAACAAAGUCUUGUCGUCAGUUUCUAUUGUUUUGUACUGUAAAAAGCGACAGAUUGACAUGCUUGUUAUAAUAUCAAAAGAUAAGAGCGUAUAAUCUUUCAUUACGUUGCUUGGAAGGAUAGAACAAGGCGUUGUAAAGCAGUUUAGUUAAGAACAAAGCCUUUUAGGGCAGGGCAGUCAAGAGCAGGGCAUUAAAAAACAAAGCUUUGGUAAGGUAGGGUAGGGUAGGGUAGGGUAGGGUAGGGUAGGGUAGGGUAGGGUAGGGUAGGGUAGGGUAGGGUAGGGUAGGGUAGGGUAGGGUAGGCAUUAUAUAUACAUUUGUCAUUACAGUUCUAAAACCUGUAAUUUGACCAGUUAUUGUAUAACUGUAACGUAGCUUUUAAAAUAAUAAAGUAAUUGUUUUGACGUUUUUUCUCCGAACUUACCACCAAUUCCUUUCCGACAGUAAAUUAUGUUGUUCAUUGUCUCUGGGUCAAAGGUAUCGGAGAACAAGAAAGACGAUGACGAAGUGACUCAUUCACCACACUUCAAUACCGGUUUUUAUAUUACACGCCCUAGCCCUAGCCCUAGCCCUAGCCCUAGCCCUAGCCCUAGCCCUAGCCCUAGCCCUAGCCCUAGCCCUAGCCCUAGCCCUAGCCCUAGCCCUAGCCCUAGUCUUUGCUCUGGCUCGAAGUCCAAGCCAAGCCAAGCCAAACCAAGCCAAGCCAAGCCAAGCCAAGCCAAGCCAAGCCAAGCCAAGCCAAGCCAAGCUGCCAAGCCAAGCUAAGCUAGCUAGCCAAGCUAAGCCAAGCCAAGCCAAGCCAAGCCAAGCCAAGCCAAGCUAA